ACUGAUCCUUCUAUCUACCCUACCCUCCUGAGUAGCUGGGACUACAGGUGCACAUCACCAUGCCUGGCUGCCUAUUGUGUUUUGAGAAACCUGGGUCCCUAGCUUGGAGGUUUAAUCCUACUUACCUUCUGUCCUUGACUUAAGAGUUCCUGAGUUAUGCCACAAGAGAAAAUCGGCAGAGUUAUCUUUCCUAUCUCUGCUAUUGCCUCUGAUUGUGAGCACUCUAGAUUUUUGGAGAGCCCAAAAUUGUGAGACAAAUUGUAGUUUAAGAGCCUUGUGCUAAAGGACCUACAACUAGCCAGCUCCCUUCUCCCCCAAAAAGUCCCGGCAUGUAUUUUUAUUAAGUAAUAAUUCCCUACACUGGGGUGGUGCAGUACACUUUGUUUAAGUGCUUUUACAUCCAUGGCCCUAAAAGUAAAGUAGAACCUUUGUGAGGCUAUUUACUAAGGGGAAGCGGAGACAGAGACUAUCCAACCAGUUAUCACUGAGUCCAGUCUAAUUUAUGGCUUGCUGUUACUCAGCUGGUUCUCGCCUGUGUGCUUGGUGGCAUACUGGGUGUGGGAAAAGCAGGAUGAACAGUUUUGAGUCCAUAGGACCAAGGGUAUAUGCUUUGUGUGCCCACAGCUUAUUAAGAACCCUGAAUAUUUGGUAGGGAGUUUUGGAAGUAGGGGAUAGAUCCAUUAGCUGAUGGUUGAGGCUGCUUCAUUUUGGAACCUGUAGUUUAAGCUUCUGGGCAUCGUUAUAAGCACAGCCCAGGAGGUAAAUGUAAAAAUAAUUUUCUUGCCAGUUUUUCCUGCAUGGUAUCCUAGCGACGAUGUACUAUCUGUCCUUGGGUGUUGGGGCACCAACUGUGGCUCUGUCAGAGCUUGCGGAGGGGAAGAAUAUGAAGGGCAUGGUCAGAGUCACCCCUUUUAAAACCCAGGAAUAGUUUCUUUUUACUUUAUCUUUUGGAGGGUUUUUAACCCUGUUAUUUUUAAGCAGCAUUUUAUGUUCUGAUUAGCAAAGUAAUGUAUGUUUAUUGUCAGACAACUUGGAAAACAUAGAAAAUCCCAAGAAAGGAAAUAAAAAUCAACUAUAAUUCUGACAUUGUUAACAUUUUAGUAAAUAUCCUUCUGGCAGUCAUUUUUUUACUGAACUUUCAUAUAAUGAUUAGGUUCUAAAGUCAGAGUGCAUGGUUAAAAAAAAAAUCUCAUGAAGUCAAACAUACCCUAAAUCACCAUGGACAGUUAUUUUUAUGCACACUAAAGUUAGAUUCAAGGAAAGAACAACAAAAAUCUAUAUGAAAUGAAAAGUCUGGGGGCAAAAACAUUCUACCUUUAAGAUUACUGUCAAAUCCCUAAUGGUGAGUGGAUGGUGUUGGAAAAUUGAACUGUGUUCCUGGUUGCCUGUAAGGUUGAUUCCAUCCUGUUUUAAUAUGAAGGUUCUAUAACUUUAAUAUCGGUUAAUGGAUUUGUUAUGAGGAUGAUAUAACAUAGUGGCAUUAUGUUUUGCUUCAGGUGGUAGGUUCUGAAGCAACCAGUAAGAAAAAUGAACAUAUGUGCUUACCAACCCCACCCCCACAACAUACUCAAGCACACAUACACACAAUUAGGAUCAUUUGCUUUGUAGCCUUUUGUUUUAUUCAGUAGUAAAUAUUUUAUAUUUAUAUAUCAUUUUUAAGUUGCAUAUAUUCCAUUGUAAGGAUGUACCAUAGUUUAUUAACCAAUUUCCUGUUGUACGUUUAGGUCAUUUCCAUUUAUUUGCUGUUACAGAAAUGGUGAAAUGAAUAUCCUUGUGGAUGAAUCUUUGUGCUCAUCCACAAUUAAGUCAUGUGGAUAAAUUCUUAGAUGUGGAAUUGAUGGUUCAUAGAAUGUGAACAUUUUUAAGGCUUUUAAUCCAUAUUGCCAAAUUGUCCCCAGGAACAUUGUAUGCUUCUUUCAAAGUGCCUAUUUCUCAGCAUUACUGGAAAUUAUCAUUCAAAGGAGUCUUCCAUAGCAUGCCUGUUUUUUUUUGUUGUUGUUUUUUUUUUUUUUGAUGACCCAGAGCUUCUCUUCAUUGCCUUGCCAAUUUAUCUUGGAAAGAAUAAAAGAAACAAAGCUAGAGAUGAUAAGUAAUGGGGACUGGGUUUAUGUGGGAAGGUUGGGACCAAUAACAGAAGGGUGAGCUUGGAGGCUAUUUCUUUACUCCUGCAUCCAAGCCAUCCUCAGCCAUACUCAUCUAAAGACAGAAUAUUGCUUAAUACUUAAAGGGCAUGUGCAUUCUUUUUUUUUUAUUUUUUUUUCUUUUACCUAUUCCUUCACCCAAGGAUGCAUGUGCAUUCUUAAAAAGCAUAUUCAAUAUUAUAAUUUUUGAUUUGGAAGAUAGUUUGGUAUUGUCAUCAUAGAAGGUACCUAAUAGAAUGACAUUUGUAUAUUUAUCCAGAAGCGAAUGUGGGUUUUUAAAAAAUAUAUGGAAAGCCACUGUCAUAAUCUAGACUCUCAAUUUGGAUAGAGACACUGAAACUAGAGAGUGGAAGGGAUUUCUGUAUGGCCACCCAGCAAAUUGAUGAUGGAGUUGAAGCCAGAAGUGCAGAUUCCUGACUACCUUUGGAUUAGGUGGUGGUAAGAAAACAGACAUAAGGGCCUCUUUGGACUGACAGCCAGGAUUUCUUCUAGGGCCUGUGAGCCUCCCUAUGCCCCACCUACACAAAAGCCCAGGUGUCCUGGCAUGGCAGUUCUCCUCUGCAUAAUCAUCUCCACCUGUGAGUGGGAGCAAGUUUACACUUUACCAAACAGUGUCUGUGCCUGCACUUCCCGGGCCCUGGAUGUCUCAUCUUCAUACCUCAGCAGUCAAGUGUCACUUCCUCAGGGAAGCCUUUCUUGACUGCCGAGACAAUUUAGGGCUCCCUUGGGCAUUCUUAUAGCUCCUCUUCAAUACCCUUGCAACAAUUGUAAUUACUUUGUUCUGUACUUAACAUGUCUCUCCCUGACUAGACUAUAAGCUCUAUGAGUGUAGGAACUUUAUCUUCUUUCUCUUGCUCCUGGCACGUACUAAGCCUUAAUAAAUGUUUGAAUGUUUGAAUAUUUGGAUGGAUGCUAAUGAAUGAAUUAGAAGUGUGUGUGGGCUGCUGGGCGGUGCUGUUUCUGAUUGCCUGCAGAACCAGGAGAGCCGUCCCUUAUUGCCAAGGGCAUUGAGGGAAGAGAGAAAGAGACCAGCUGAUCCAGAGGGUAUCGUCCGCUUGGCUGGGUGCCUGAUAGCGGUCUCCCGGACGGGACGAUGGGGUCAGCAACCACAGCCAACCAAGUAUUCAUUCCUGGCUUGUCAGAAUCAGCUCGGGCAAUUUAGUAGGGGUUGCUAGAGAGAACCCUCCUUUAAUCAUUCUGGGGAAGAGAAUUCAAGGUCAGGGCUCUUGGGGGGCUCUUUGGAGGGGAGAGGACAGCAACCUGGCUCAUGGGCAGGCUGGUCUUCACAGUCAAUGGGCACUUGCGGCAACGGAUGAAAAGUCUGCUGGUGGCUGGCUGGGCGCCAGAGCAGCGCAGUCUGAGGCCGCAGGUCCUGCCCCUUAGCCGGUUUCCCUCCCCCUCCCCCUCCUCCGUCUCCCUACCGCCUCCCGCUUGCAGCAUCGUCUGCGAGGAGAGGAAUGUGCUGCGCUCCAGCGCCCGGUGCUGGCCGAGCGGCAGCACCUGGCGCGCGCUCUGGACCGCCGGGGUCCGCUGUCUGGCGCUGCGCCACGUGCUUUGCUCCGCGCUGAUGUCAAGUGGGUGUGGGCUCUUCGGAAAGGCCCGGGCUAGGACGAGGAGGGCGCGCAAUGUGCCGUGGGCGCGCUAAGGCCCUGGCGCUCUCUGCCGCCCAGCACCACUGACCGGUGCCCAGCCCGGUCUCACGGAGCCGGCGCAUGGAGCCGUGGAGCUGCCCGCCCCGGGACGCAUGCCCCGCUGCCCUGGGGCGGUGGCUGGGGCCGCCAAGGGGGGCCUGCAGCCAUAACCAGCAGACCACAGCAUUCAGGCAUCCUGUGACCGGGCAGUUUUCUCCAGAAAACAACGAAUUCAUUCUUCAAGAAGAGCCAAAUCCACAUAUGUCGAAGCAAGAGAGAAACCAAAGACCGUCCAGCAUGGUCAGUGAAACGUCCACAGCUGGGACCGCUUCCACCCUGGAGGCAAAGCCUGGACCCAAGAUCAUAAAGUCCAGCAGUAAAGUCCACAGCUUUGGCAAGAGGGACCAGGCGAUCCGGAGGAACCUCAAUGUUCCAGUGGUGGUGAGGGGCUGGCUGCACAAGCAGGACAGUUCUGGAAUGAGGCUGUGGAAAAGGAGGUGGUUUGUGCUUGCUGAUUAUUGCUUGUUCUAUUAUAAAGACAGCCGAGAAGAAGCUGUUCUCGGGAGCAUCCCUCUGCCCAGCUACGUGAUCUCACCAGUGGCCCCUGAGGAUCGCAUAAGCCGCAAGUACUCCUUUAAGGCUGUGCACACGGGGAUGCGAGCUCUCAUCUACAACAGCUCCACGGUGGGCUCUCAGGCUGAGCAUUCGGGCAUGAGGACCUACUACUUCAGUGCUGACACCCAGGAAGACAUGAACGCUUGGGUCAGGGCCAUGAACCAGGCUGCGCAGGUGCUGUCCCGAUCGUCACUGAAGAGGGACAUGGAGAAGGUGGAGCGGCAGGCGGUUCCCCAGGCCAACCACACAGAGUCCUGUCAUGAGUGUGGCCGCGUGGGACCUGGACACUCAAGGGAUUGUCCUCAUCAUGGCCAUGAUGACUUCUUCAGCUUUGAGAGGCAGGAGCAGGAGGGGGAUCGGUACCGUUCCCAAAGGGACCUGCUGGAGAGCAAGCGGGACAGGAGCAAGGCCAGAUCUCCAUACUCGCCGGCCGAGGAGGAUGCCUUGUUUGUGGAUUUACCUGGUGGCCCAAGAGGCCAGCAGGCGCAGCCCCAGCGGGCUGAGAAGAAUGGUGUGCUGCCUGCUUCAUAUGGCCCAGGAGAGCAGAACGGGACUGUUGGGUACCAGCGGGCCUUUCCUCCCAGGAUCAACCCUGAAAAACACAGCCAGAGGAAGAGCAACCUGUCCCAGGUGGAGCACUGGGCCAAGGCCCAGAAGGGGGAUGGCAGGAGCCUCCCCUCAGACCAGACGCUUCCUCGCCAGGGUCCUGGCCAGCCCCUGUCCUUCCCAGAAAACUACCAGACUCUUCCCAAGAGCACCAGACACCCGUCCGGGGGCUCCUCGCCCCCUCCCCGCAACCUGCCGAGUGACUAUAAGUACGCACAGGACCGAGCCAGCCACCUGAAGAUGUCCAGUGAGGAGCGCCGGGCACACCGGGAUGGCACCGUGUGGCAGCUCUACGAGUGGCAGCAGCGCCAGCAGUUCCGGCACGGCAGCCCCACCGCCCCCAUCUGCAUCGGCUCCCCGGAGUUCACCGACCAGGGCCGGAGCAGGAGCAUGCUAGAGGUGCCCCGCUCCAUCUCUGUGCCUCCGUCUCCCUCGGACAUCCCUCCCCCGGGGCCCCCGAGGGUUUUCCCACCCCGGCAGCCACACAUGCCAGCGGAGCGGGUCACUGUGAAGCCACCAGACCAAAGGAGGAGCGUGGACAUCUCUCUGGGGGGUUCUCCCAGGAAGGCUCGAGGCCACGCCAUCAAGAACGCCUCUCACAUAGACCGCCGCUCCAUGCCCUCCAUGGGUUACAUGACCCACACAGUCAGCGCUCCCAGUUUACAUGGAAAAUCGGCUGAUGAUACCUACCUCCAGCUAAAGAAAGACCUGGAGUACCUGGAUCUAAAGAUGACAGGCCGAGACCUCCUCAAGGAUCGAAGUCUGAAGCCUGUGAAGAUAGCCGAGAGUGACAUUGAUGUCAAACUGAGCAUCUUCUGUGAACAAGACAGGAUCCUCCAGGACUUGGAAGACAAGAUACGAGCCCUCAAGGAGAACAAAGACCAGCUAGAAUCCGUGCUGGAAGUGUUGCACAGACAGAUGGAGCAGUACCGAGACCAGCCUCAGCACCUGGAGAAGAUUGCCUACCAGCAGAGGUUGCUGCAAGAGGACCUCGUCCACAUCCGAGCUGAGCUCUCCAGGGAGAUCACUGAGAUGGAGAAUGCUUGGAAUGAGUACCUGAAGUUGGAGAGUGACGUGGAGCAGCUGAAGCAGACCCUACAGGAGCAACACAGAAGAGCCUUUUUUUUUCAGGAGAAAUCACAGAUACAGAAGGAUCUGUGGAGGAUUGAAGAUGUCAUUGCAGGCCUGAGUGCAAAUAAGGAGAACUUCAGAAUCCUGGUGGAAUCGGUCAAAAAUCCGGAAAGAAAAACGGUGCCUUUGUUUCCUCAUCCGCCUGUGCCUUCACCCUCGACUGCUGAGAGCAAGCCGCCCCCGCAGCCCAGCCCUCCCACCAGCCCUGUGCGGACCCCUCUGGAGGUUCGGCUCUUCCCCCAGCUGCAAACCUACGUGCCCUACCGACCUCACCCGCCCCAGCUGAGGAAAGUGACGUCCCCCCUUCAGUCACCAACAAAGACGAAGCCCAAAGUUGAAGACGAGGCACCUCCCAGGCCCCCACUCCCCGAACUCUACAGCCCGGAGGACCAGCCCCCAGCCGUGCCACCGCUGCCGAGAGAGGCCACCAUCAUCCGGCACACCUCUGUGCGGGGCCUCAAGCGGCAGUCGGACGAGAGGAAGCGCGACCGGGAGCUGGGGCAGUGUGUGAACGGGGACUCCAGGGUGGAGCUCCGGUCGUACGUUAGUGAGCCUGAGCUGGCGACCCUCAGCGGGGACAUGGCCCAGCCCUCCCUCGGACUUGUGGGCCCUGAGAGCAGGUACCAGACGCUGCCAGGCAGAGGUCUCUCAGGGUCCACGUCAAGGCUCCAGCAGUCAUCCACCAUUGCUCCCUACGUCACGCUCCGGAGGGGUCUAAAUGCUGAAAGCAGCAAGGUGACCUUCCCUAGACCCAAGAGUGCCUUGGAGCGCCUGUACUCAGGGGACCACCAGCGUGGCAAGAUGAGCGCGGAAGAGCAGCUCGAGCGCAUGAAGCGGCACCAGAAGGCCCUGGUCCGGGAGCGCAAGAGGACGCUGAGCCAAGGAGAGAGGACAGGCCUGCCCUCGUCCCGCUACCUCAGCCAGCCACUCCCUGGAGAUCUUGGCUCAUGGAAGCGUGAGCAGGACUUUGACCUGCAGUUGCUGGAACGGGCCAUGCAAGGGGAAAGGAAGGACAAGGAGGAGAAUGGCUGGUUGAAAGUGCAGGCCAUGCCUGUCACUGAGUUGGACCUGGAACCUCAAGACUAUGACCUGGACAUCAGCAGAGAGCUGUCCAAACCAGAGAAGGUCUCCAUCCCUGAGCGUUACGUGGAGCUGGAUCCCGAAGAGCCACCCAGCCUUGAGGAGCUGCAGGCCCGGUAUCGCAAGGCUGAGAAGAUCCGCAACAUCCUCGCCCGGUCAAGCAUGUGCAACCUACAGCCAGCACCGUCGGGCCAGGACAGGAGCAGCAUGGCGGACCUGGACUCGCAGAUGCAGGAGCAGGAGCGCAUCAUCAACAUCUCCUAUGCCCUGGCCUCCGAGGCCUCCCAGCGCAGCAAGCAGGUGGCAGCGCAGCAGCUGGCCCUCCUCCCGCCUAACGCCCCCUUGUCCUCCAGGAUGGUGCCAACUUACCCCCCCUUAACCAACGGACUCCACUACACCUUUGUCUAACACCUUCCAACCCAGGCAGUGCCCGACCCGUGACCCAGUGUGCAGAGGAGAAGCCUGGAGCCCCGGGGCCCAGUGGACCAGCUUCCUCCGAGGAGAUCGACCUUUCGGCCCCCAAGGAAGCCCCCUCCAGCCAAGCAGGGUUCUGGCUGGGGGACGGAGCAGCUCGCCAGCUGAGGAGUGUUCACCACAGGGCCAGGCCCUAACGUGCCCACUAGUUUUAGUUCAGACUCCUUUUUACAUGUGACAAAGGCACUUUUGAUACACACUGUAAAAUACUGACACUGUAUUUUAGCACCAGAAUAUAUUUUAUAAUGUUCACCUCAAGGGCUGGAAAGGUGUGGACGCAGGAUUUUGUAGCGGCACAUACAGAUUCAGGUACCGUCUGGGUGACAGGUGUGGGUGGGGGAGAAGGGCAGGGGGAGCAGAGGCCAAUCCAACUUCCGACAAACUCAGGUGAAAGUUGGAUUUGAGGAUGUGCUUGCAGUGGAUCCCAGCGCUAGGCCUGUCGGCGUGCUGUCCGGGAGAAGAGGGGCCCCUGGCUGCAGAGAGCAGCUGUCCCUGACCUGGUGACCAGUUCCGUGUGGAACUCCAUCCACCAGGAUGGCGUGUGGAGCCCAAGUCCGUGCCUUGGCCCCUGAGUUUGGUUUCAGGGCAACAGUGUGUUCAGGAGCACCGGGCUCUACAACCUUCCCACCAGGUUCCCUCAGCAAAGGGUUCUUCUCAGAAAGAAAAAUGCAGUUUGCUUUAAUUAGAAAAAAAAAAAAAGAAAAGAAAAAAUACACUUUCAAGUACAGAAAAGGUGAGAGGAAGCAACUUUUAUUGUAUCAUAGCAAUAAACUCCACACUGGGUAACGUCUACCUAGCAUCCCUGACUGAAUGCCUCCCCUCCAGCCAGGCCGCGCUGGGAGCCUCUGCUGCCGCCGUGGGGCUGCCCCAGGACUUGGGUCUGGUGGUGGGAGGGCAGGCAGGGCGCCCCCAGCAUCCCUGACCGCCUGCCACCAGCAGGGCCACCAUGGCAGGUCUUUGGCUUGACUCCAGCCACAAACGAGGAAGGGGGCUACCAAGCCAGGUGCAGAGUGUGUGGCCCUUUAUGUAAGUCAUGUUCUCAUGAUAUUCUGCGUACAGAAAAUGUUUAAAAGGAAACAACAACAACCAACAAAAACCUCCAUCAGGUGGAGCCACACUUUAAUGAAAAUUUGUCUUUGACUACGCUCAGAAAAAAAAAAAAAUCUUGAAUAUAUUUAGAAGUUGCCGUCUAUUUUUAACUAACUCCAUAUGCUGCCAGUAUCAACUUCAUGACAUUUGCCAAAAUGAAAUUUUAUUUUUGCCUUUAUAAGAUUUUGUUGGAAAAAUGAAAUGAAUAUUUUGCAAGGAAACGUUAAUUUAAAUAAAAGUGUAAUGGUUUGCAAAAACAAAUGUGAUGUACAGAUUAAAAUAUUAACCUGA